CUACAGGAACAAAUGCAGCCAGAAUUUGAGGUCAAUGGGACAGCCAUCACUGAGUUCGUCCUUCUGGGCUUGGUAGAGACACCAGGGUUGCGACCUGUGAUCUUUGUAAUCUUCCUCUUUGCCUACCUGGUGACAGUGGGAGGCAACCUCAGCAUCCUCACUGCCAUUUUAGUGGAGCCCAAACUUCACACCCCCAUGUACUUCUUCCUGGGGAAUCUAUCAGUGCUGGACAUUGGGUGCAUCACUGUCACUGUCCCCUCAAUGUUGGGUCGUCUCCUGUCCCACAGGCGUGCAGUUCCCUAUGGAGCCUGCCUCACACAAAUCUUCUUCUUCCAUCUCUUGGUUGGUGUGGACUGCUUCCUGCUGACAGCCAUGGCCUAUGACCGAUUCCUGGCCAUCUGCCGGCCUCUGACCUACAGCACUCAUAUGAGCCAGACAGUCCAGAGGAUUUUGGUGGCUGUGUCCUGGGCUUGUUCCUUCUCCAAUGCUCUGACCCACACUGUAGCCAUAUCCACACUUGACUUCUGUGGCCCCAAUGUGAUCAACCACUUCUACUGUGACCUCCCACAGCUGUUUCAGCUCUCUUGCUCUAGCACCCAGCUCAAUGAGCUGCUGCUCUUUGGUGUGGGCUUCAUGAUGGCAGGCACUCCCACUGUUCUCAUCUUCACCUCUUAUGUCCACGUGGUCGCUGCUGUCCUUCGAAUCCGCUCAGCUGAAGGCAGGAAGAAAGCCUUCUCCACAUGUGGCUCCCACCUCACUGUCGUUGCUAUAUUCUAUGGCUCAGGUAUCUUUAACUAUAUGAGGCUAGGCUCACUCAAGCUUUCAGAUAAGGAUAAAGCUGUUGGAGUCUUUAACACGGUCAUUAACCCCAUGCUGAAUCCAAUCAUCUACAGUCUCAGGAAUCCUGAUGUACAGGGCGCCCUCUGGCGGGUGUUAAUGGGUAGGCGGUCUCUGACGUGA